ACCCAUGUGCUCUACAAGAAGCAGGAACAGCUAGCCGAUUAAUCCACAGGCAAGAAGAGCCUGCUCUGGGAAGAUCGGGUUGCAGUCCUGCCUUUGAAGCUUUACACCACACCCCUGCAACGUGAAUUACUAGGGGAGGAUCAUAUUCAGCACUGAUUCAGGAAUUCCUUCUUUCUUCAAGAACUGUUGCUAGGAGUUUGGUCAGAGAAAAGGUAGUGCAGAAAGAUGAGGCUGAAGUUCUCUGUGCUCUGAGACUCAUCUGAUGAAUGCUCUAGGUCCAUGGAAGCUGGCACUGCCACCAGAUUUUCACUUGGGAAUUUAAGAGACUGGAAUAGUGCAGCAGCAAGCCAACAUUUAUGUUAAAUGGUGAGAGGAAAGAUGAAAGGAAGAAAGAAGGGAUGUUCCUUACCUUUAACCUUUAUCUUGCUCUUCGUCUGUAUCACUGGGCAUGCAACUCCUGACUUAGAUGAUGGCGAAGAGGAUGUUCUGGGUGCUGCUUUGCCACCACUGAAAGUGGGGCAUUCAGUCUGUGCCAUGAAAGCAGAUGAAGGUCCAUGUAAAGCAAUCCACAUGCGCUAUUAUUUCAAUAUUCAAAGCCGUGAGUGUGAAAUAUUUGAAUAUGGUGGAUGCCACGGGAAUGAGAACAACUUUCUAACGCUGGAAGAAUGUCAGAGGAAGUGUGUGGUAACAGAAUUGCCUCAGAAGAUGAUGUUAGCAAAAAUUAAGAAAGAAAAGCCAAAUUUCUGCUUUGAUGAGAAAGACCCUGGAAUCUGCAGAGGCUAUUUUUCCAGGUAUUUCUAUAACAAAGAGACAAAGUUAUGUGAAGUAUUCAAGUAUGGUGGGUGCCUAGGAAACCAGAACAACUUCAAGAAUUUGGAAGAAUGCCAGACUACCUGCCAAGGCAACUUAAAUUUAUUGCCAAUUGUUCCAGCUGAAGAGCAUCCUAACACUGUGAACAGUAGUUCCCUAGUGGAAGACACCAACCAAUUCCCUGGGAUUUUUGUAAAUUUGUUGCCAACUGCUGCAAAUGAGAAGUCCAACUCUAUGAACAAUAGUUCCCCAAAGGAGGAGCGCAACCAGUUUCCCAUUUUUUUUGAGCCACCACCUAUCCCUUCUUUGUGUAUGACCCCUAUGGACAGAGGACUUUGUAGAGCCAAAGAGUUAAGAUUUUUCUACCACUACUCAACUGGAAGAUGUCGCCCAUUUAGUUAUAGUGGUUGUGGUGGGAAUGAAAAUAAUUUCACCUCCAGAAAGUCAUGUUUGAGGAUCUGCAAGAAAGGAUUCAAUAAAACAAAAGGUGAAAGAAGAUUAAUAAAAAUCAAGAAGAAAAGAAAGAAACAGUCCAUAAAGGCUCUAGGCAAGGAAAUCAUCCCUGAAGGAAUACAACUUUGAUUUUUAUGGCAACGUGAAGUAAAGCACUAUUCACCUGUGAAUGAAAACUUUAGUGUACACCAUUAAAAUAUAUUUACUGUACUGAU